CUGAGGCCUCGGGGCUGCGGUGCCCUUUCCGUCCCCCCGAACCGGGAGCGCACGGAGCCCAACGCCUGAUCACCCCCUGCCCGGGCUUUACGACGGGCCCCCGAGCGCAAGGGGACGGCAAAUAGUCGCUUUUCAUCGAUUACCGCACGUAACUCCCGGGAGCGCUCCCGCCCCGGGCUCACUGCCCGCAAGAACGAGUCACCCCCGGAGCCGCCGCCGCCCCCGCGAGGCGCGCUCCGCUCCCCGCCUCGUGUGGAGAGAGGCAAAACCCUACAACCCCGGCGAACCCCGCAGAGGCGGGGCUGCCCGGCCCCGGCCCUCCUUCCGCCCCCCCGCGCGCUGCGAUGACGUCAGCCAUCGCUCAGUGACGUCACUUCCUGAGCGCCCCCUUCCCCGGAACCUCCGCUGCUUCGGGGGACCCGGUGCUGCCGGCGGCCAUGAGCAAACGGAAAGCUCCGCAGGAGAGCCUCAACCAGGGCAUCACCGACUUUCUGACCGAAUUGGCCAACUACGAGCGCAAUGUGAACCGGGCUGUGCACAAGUACAACGCGUACAGGAAAGCAGCCUCGGUUAUCUCCCGGUAUCCCAGCAAGAUCCAGAGUGGAGCCGAAGCCAAGAAACUGGAUGGAGUCGGUGCUAAAAUAGCUGAGAAGAUAGAUGAGUUCUUAUCCACUGGAAAACUACGCAAAUUGGAAAAGAUUCGACAGGAUGAUACAAGUGCAUCUAUCAGUCUCCUGACACGAGUUACUGGCAUUGGUCCUGCUGCUGCUAGGAAGUUUGUUGAGGAAGGAAUUAAGACUCUAGAAGAUCUAAGAAAAAAGGAGCACAAACUGACCCACCACCAACGAAUUGGGUUGAAUCUUUCGGACACUUAUUUUUAUAUACGCAGAUAUUUCGAAGAUUUUGAGAAAAGAAUCCCAAGGGAAGAAAUGCUGCAAAUGCAGGAUAUUGUGCUGAAAGAGGUAGAGAAGCUGGACCCAGACUAUAUUGCUACAGUCUGCGGCAGUUUUAGACGAGGCGCAGAGUCAAGCGGUGACAUGGAUGUUCUCCUAACCCAUCCAAGUUUCACUUCCGAAUCAUCCAAACAGUCAAAGCUUCUGCGUCAAGUUGUAGAACAACUGGAGAAAGUCCACUUUGUCACAGACGUGCUCUCUAAGGGUGACACCAAAUUCAUGGGUGUCUGUCAGCUGCCAAAUAAAGAAGAUGGAACAGCCUAUCCACAUAGGAGAAUUGAUAUCCGGCUCAUCCCCAAAGAUCAGUAUUACUGUGGUGUACUGUAUUUCACAGGAAGCGAUAUAUUCAAUAAGAACAUGAGAGCUCAUGCUCUGGAAAUGGGCUUCACAAUCAAUGAGUAUACAAUCCGUCCCUUGGGCGUCACUGGAGUUGCUGGAGAAGCCCUACCAGUAGAGUGUGAAAAAGACAUCUUUGACUAUAUCCAGUGGAAAUACCGAGAGCCGAAGGAUCGGAGUGAAUAACUGCUUGUCUAGGUUUGUAACCUAGAGAGAUGUUUUCUUAGCUUCCUAUGAAUAUGCAAAAUGCAUAUUCUUUCUUUGGAUGUUACUGCCUCCAAAAAUUGUACGUUGCUGAUGUCGAAAGCAAGUCCAUGGCGCUAGCACAGAAUGUGAAGAUUAAAUCCUACAAGAUCUCAUUUUGAUCUCUCUGCCUCUCUUUCUCCUUCCCUUUAAGGCUGAUUAAAACACUUGCUAUGUUUAACUGUCUCCUGGGUAGGAGAUGGAUAUUUGAACUGUUGGAGGAAUUUAUCGCCUCAUAAUUGUGUAUUGGUCUUCUUGAUCUUUCUUCUGACUUGUUUCUAGUUCUUUGUAUCUUAUGUAUGUGUAGACACCGAAAUGAGAAAGCUGUCUGUGUCCUGAAGAAUACCAUUUUCAACUGCCGUCUCUCUCUGCUUGUCUCUGUUAGGUGUCCUGAUGCGCUGCUGAACCUUGAGCUAAGCUCUUUCUGCGUCUGUCCUUCCAAAACCUUUCAGUGUGGCCACGUCCUAUUGUGUCGCGUGUGACCCGUGUUCUUUCUUCCUAGAUAUGUUGUGCUACUAUCGGAUGCAGCCUUCUAUAUUUUGUUUGACUUACCAUUACCCAGAAGUCUGACCGGGUUUAUUGAUGCAUUUUUAUCACUCCUAAAGUGACAGUCUGCCCUUUUUUUAUAUGCAAACCCAUCCCCUCUACUUCUAUCGCUCCUCUUAAAUCAUUGUGAAAGUUAAUGACUCUUCUGGAUUUGAGAGAAGAUCCCAUCAAGAUGCAUUACUAAUUGUAUUUGGGACAGGGAUUCUUUUAGUUAACUUAAAGCCUAACUAGUUUUAAGUAGUAAAUUAGUAAUCUUGAUAUAUUAUAGAGCAUCAGCAUGGAAUGUAUUGCUGCUGCUGUGUUGGAAUGUCUUCCAGGAGUAUAAGGCAAAUGUAUUUUGAGAAUUGCAAGCUUCAAAAGGCAAGGAUGUUUUAUACAUGGUCAGAUUGACUAUUGCUAAUUAUGUAAUGCAUUUCUGGAUUAGUUAAUGACCUGGAUUAGUUAAUGACUCUAUCUGCAGAGAGGAGUUUACAUCUAUAUCGAUGACCUGAAUCAUAGAACAAAGAUGGGUGUAGUACUGUUUCUUAUUUCUUAUCUGACGUAAGCCUACAUUUUUACUUGUUCUUACAUAAUUGGCAGUGAUGAGUCGGAAUAAUGAAGACUACAGGCUGAUACUUUUUUAUCCCUUUAUUUUCUUCUGGUUUUGCUUAUGGCAGUUUAUUUUCUGGGACUGUUCCCCAGCCCUAAUCCAUGCAGUGGUAUGUAAGGUUGACUAGAAGUUGACUUGGUGCUAUGUGAAGUUUUCUGACGCCUCGUAGAAAAUGUAAAUAUAGCUGAUGUAUUUGGUGUUUUCUUCAAUAACCAGUGGGAAUAAAUGAAGCAAG